AUUGCACUCUUCCAAGUACACAAUCAGAUGUCUCACUUUCGACAACGAAAUCGUGAACUUAGCAACAUGUCGGGCAGCCCCAGUAUUUAAGAUAAGCAGAGGGAGUAGCGUAUCGUGCACGUUUCAACCCUGUCACAGUACACUGCACCUAAAGGUGGAGAAUCACGCCGACACUUCACUAGAGAAUAAUGUAGCGAGUUUUAUAGGCACACAAAAGAAACUCUGUGAGAUUCUUUCGCCGGAGGUUAAGCUGACUUCGGCCCAGACAAACUUCCCCAAUCGCCGACAAAGCCACAAUAAGUUGAAAAGGGCAUGUAUUGCACUGAAGCGCUGUAUGUCAGCGUCUAGACACAGCUCUACCCCGCACCAAAUUGAACCCGUACUUAGAGCAGAGGCAGUCGAAAUAAAUUAUUCCAGACUACAUAAAAAAAUACGUACUAUAUUGAAUUGCCGUGCUUUGGAUUGCAUGCACAGUGUAUUGUGGCGUAGUCUUGGCCGGUAAUAGUGCACCCAGA